UUGGAUAAUCCUGGAGCGUCCCUGCCGGCCUGGUCGGAGCUCUAGCCUGUAGCUGUCCUCCGAGAUGGCGGCUGUUUCAGGGCUGCGUUUUACCAGAAGAGGCCUCACGUGGAUGAUCGCAGGGACGCCACGCAGAGAAUUUUGGUCUCGAUUCAGAGAAGAGAAAAAGCCAGUAGUGGCAGAGAUUGUGGAAGAGGUGAAGAAAGAACCUACCCUGGUGUGCCCACCCUUACGAAGCCGAGCAUACAUACCACCUGAAGACCUCCAGAAUCGUUUGCAAUCUCAUGUCAAAGAAAUUUUUGGCUCAUCUGCUUCUAGCAAUUGGAAGGACACCUCCUUGGAAGAUGGUCACUUGAAGUUCAGGUUCUUGGCACAUUUAGCUGAUGACUUGGGCCAUGCAGUGCCUAACUCCAGGCUUCACCAGAUGUGCAGUGUCAGAGAUGUUCUUGAUUUCUAUAAUGUGCCUGUUCAAGAUAGAUCCAAAUUUGAUGAACUGAUUGCCAGUAAUCUGCCUUCCAAUUUAAAAAUCACUUGGGGUUACUGAGCAGUUCAGAAGAGGAGCACAUUGAAAUCAUUUUUUCCCCCUGAGCAAAGGGGCUGCUUAUCAUAUCUUUUGAUGCUUUGCCAUGUGAAACACUGUCAGAACUGUUCUCUAAAACCAUUUUUUCUGUGGAAAAAUGCAUCAUUAUUUUUCUCCUAUCAUUAUGAUUUGACAAUAGGAUUUUAUUUUUUUUACAUUUGUUCAAACUUUUUUUUUAAAGGAAUCAAGUCAUUAAUAAUUUAUGAAAAUCUUCUCUUGAGGAUACUAAUUAACUUGGGUUUAAGAUAUGAAGCUACUUGUUCAGACGUGGUCUUUAUUCUUCAUAGCCAUAAAAUAAUAGAUGCAAGAAAAUGUUUUAAUCUUUUUAGUACUCUAAACCUAAGAUAGUAUUAUACAUAAUAUAUAUACAAAUAAGGAAACUUAGAUAUUUAUAAAAGAAACAUAAAAGUCUAUUGUAUAUUAUAGAACUUUGUUUCUUUCACAGUUUGCUUUACUGUACAAGUAGAAAUAGUAGAAAGUGAUACUGUUCUGGAUUAAUCUCUUGGAAUUAAAGUAGAUUUCUUGAUGUGCA